AUCAGUCAUGGGAUGAUAAAGCUGAGCGCUAACGCAUAUUGCUCAUACAGCACCUCAUGCUCAUCCGCACUUUCAUCUCCUAGAAGUCGUCUAGUGAAUGAUAGGUACUUUUCCUUAUCGUAAUAAAUAGAGUCUGUGGACGUAGUGGAUAGUCAUCCCAUGCAUACCUUAUACCCAUGAUCAGUACCUGGGACUUAUUGCUGUGUCCCGAUGAGUUAUUUAAUGUCCAGGGCCUAGUCAAUCCAUAUAUCUCACCAUGACUCUAGAUAAAUUCGAGCUCGUGCUGGCUCUCACGAAUUUUGUCGGAAGUGUGCUGUCAGCGAUCGGGUCAGGAUUUAUUAUCCUUUGCUAUGCCUUCCUCCCGGUGAAGAGGCAUUAUCGGCACCUGUUAAUCCUGAAUCUCGCAAUCGCAGAUUUCAUUAAUGGGAUGAACAAUGGGAUAUCAGGCGCCGUAAUCCUCGCCACAGGACCCCUCACAAGAUCUAGAGCUUGUAUUGCGAAUGGAUUCAUCGGUCGGCUCUCCGUUCAGGCGACCGAUACGUCCAUUUGGGCCAUAGCGAUAGUCACAGUUGUCAUCGUCACUGCUUCCUAUGAGUCCUGGCUAGGCGAUUCAAAGAAGGACAUAAAGUGGUUUGUAGCUAUUGUAUGCGCAUGCGCGUGGGUGAUGCCUUUAAUAACGAGCUUUGUCGCACUUGGAAAGGGAUACUAUACAAAUGUUUCAGGAAACUGGUGUUGGCUUACUUCGGAACCUACGUAUCUACGCUACGUGUUAACUCACGCUUGGCGUUUCCUCUUUACAUUUAUUGAAAUAGGUCUCUAUGCUUAUCUUUACAUUCACCUGAGGAGGCGAAUCACAAGCAUGACUGUAACUUCUCCCCGCACCGCGCUCUUGCCACAAACGAAUCUCUCCCAAGACGCCCGUACAGCUCCCCUGUCAAUAGAUGCAGUAAGAAUGCAGGCUCAUAUGAUAAGGACUCAACAUCACGAAUGCCGCAAUUCCAUUGUGGACAUCAGUGUCCAGUUGCCGAUACCCUCGGCAGCCACCACCACCAUCUCUCGGCCUUCUACUCUGAUAACUAGUCCACCUGAAGAUCGAUACAAGCACAUCUCAAAGAUCCUCUUACUGAAUGCAUAUCCGAUCGCGUACGUCGUCUUAUGGAUACCAGGAUUAUGCAAUCGCCUAGUCGAGGCGUCUGGUCAUUCAUCGAGGGUUUUACAAAUCACGCAGGCAUCGACACAAUUUAUAGGAUUUGCGAAUGCAUUGACAUACGGAUGGAAUGAGAAUGUAGCAAGGAGUAUGAGGGAGAUGCUGAAGAGAAAAUCCGUGCCUUCAUGA